UCUCCCUAAAGAAGGCGGGUGUACACUGUUUGAUUGACAUUACAUUACGGUAUUUUACAUUUAAAAAGUGUGACCGCUUUAAAUAAUUAAACGAAAACAUGAUGAAUAACACUCUCUGACAUUCUUUGAUUACUUAAGUUGAAAAACUCUAUUUUAAUUUAUCGUAUAAAUAUUUGUUUUACUCCAUGAGCAAACCAAGAAGGGCGUGUUUAAGAAGAAAUUGAAAGUGAAAGGUUAGAUUUAAAGGUAUAUCCGAAAAAGAAAGUUUAGACGCGUAGUUUCAGGUCAUUUCUUUUUUACUUGCGAGAAGUAGGCCUAUUUUAAGGUAAGUUUGUUUCCUUCAGAACAACAUAAUGCUUCCUUUAGAAUAAUAUAGGCCAUAAUCAAUAUGUUAAACAUCUAAAUUACAUAUUUUACACGAACAAUAUAUUGGAAGUUCUGGCGAAUUGUUAAUGUUUACACAUAAUUCAGUUCAAAAUUCAAAACUUGAACUAUAUAGCAGAAGUCAAAAGGACAGACUGUAUUUACCAUUGAAAGAUUUGGAACAACUUUACAGAAUUUCUGUUUCAUUUCAAAAAUGUUGAUUUGUUUGUCAUAGCCUAAAUGAUUAAUGAAGUUAUGACUAGUGAAAUUAGUAAAAAGUUUCCUUACCAAAGUAAAAUUCAUUUCUUUGGAACAAUAAAACUUCAUUUUAGACCAGGUAGAUGUUGUAGUUUAGACACAAUGAAGCAGCUAAAAUAUAGUUUUGAUUUGUUUAACAUUUUUAGUCACUUACAUACAUUUUCAUACUUUCAGUUGUAUUAUUUCAUGGUUAUGAUGGGACUAGUAUUCUAAAAUAUACAAAAUACCAAUAAAGUUGCAAUAUAAUAUUGUAUAUUAUAUUAUGGUUACAUUUAAUCCACAGAAGAUACCAAAAUAAGGAUGGCAUCCAUCCCUUUCUAUGGCUGGGAAGCAUUUUAUGAUGAAGAUCGUCAUCUUCAGGCAGACCAGGCACCCAAAUCAGGCAGUCUCUACACCAUGUAUCACGGCACCUCUGUUCAAACAGCUCGUCAGAUCAUAACAACAGGCUUCAGACAAUCAGCAGAUGGAAUGCUGGGACCUGGAGUUUAUGUGAGCCGUGACCAGAAGAAAGCAGAGCGCUAUCCUCUGAGAUCCCUACCUACUGAUAGAAUAGUGCUUAAAUUAAGCGUUGACUGUGGAAAAGUCAAAAAAAUAGAUAAGGACAACCAUCCUCUACAGAAGACCUGGCAUAGUCAGGGCUAUGACACUGCCUGGGUGCCUCCUAACUGUGGCAUGAAAUCUGUGCCUAGCGGUCUAGAAGAGGACUGUGUCUAUGACCCACAGCGUAUCGAGGUCACAGAUAUUGCUCUUGCACCCAACACGACCAUCUUAAAUGAACUCAAACAGCUCAUUGCUCAAAACAAGAAGAGGCCAUCUAAUUCGAACACUUUAGGUACUUGUACAGUGUGCAAGUUCAAACUAGGGCCUGCUCAUAGUGUACAGUCAUGCUGGGGGUGUGGGGAGACUAUCUGCGCUCUCCUUACCAAACAUGUGUGCGGUUAACAAACUUGUCAGGUAAUCACGACGGAUGC